UCUUAAUGAAAACGUUGUCGUUUGAACAAUGGGGCUUUAGGUUUCAGCCAAUAUUGUUCUCCCUGCACAAGCACAAAUCGCGACUCAGAGAAAGAAAAGCUUCCCCUGCAUCCUUCUCCGCCGCCUUCAACGUUCGGCCGGCGAACCGUCCCCUCUCUCCGGCGACCUGGUCUGAAACUUGCUUCAACUUCGUUAUGGAUGCAGUUCACCUGCUUCAUCAUCCAAGCUUAUUCACACAGUGGAGAUUGCAGUGAUAGUUUUGUAACAGAGAAACAUGUCUCAUUCACAUGAAUCUCUGAUUCUGAUUCAAAAGAUGGUGAAACUGCCUCCACCAAAAGCAUUUUCACUCUUCAAUUCCUCAACCUCUCAUGGCAUUCACCAAACCCCCCAAUCCAUAUCAUUCAUCUUGAACCAUCUCAUUUCCUCUGGCAUGGUUUCACAAGCUCAAUCUGUACUCAUGCGUGUAAUCUCUGGUCAAAUCUCAUCACCAAUGUUCUCCCAAUCCUCACUUAUUCACCAACUAACACAACCCCAUUUGGCCUCUAGUUCAAUCAAAACUCUUCUUCAUGAAGCAAUUGUUAAUGCCUAUGUUCAUUGUCAAUCACCUGAUCAAGCUCUCUAUUUCCUACACCAGAUGGUUCAUGAGGGUCAUUCUCCUAGAUCAAACACAUUUAAUGGUGUUUUGAGCUUACUUGUUGGGUCGAAUUGUUUCGAUAAAGCGUGGGAGGUUUUCGAUGAGUUGAAGAGUAAGGUUGUUCUGGAUGUUUAUAGUUUUGGGAUUAUGAUUAAGGGUUGUUGUGAAUCUGGUGACUUGAUGAAAGGUUUUCAGCUUUUGGCUAUGAUGGAAGAGGUGGGUUUGUCUCCAAAUGUUGUCAUAUAUACUACGCUGAUUGAUGGUUGUUGCAAGAAUGGGGAUGUUCAUUUGGCUAAGAAAUUGUUUUGCAGGAUGGAGGGAUUGGGAUUAGUUGCCAAUCAACAUACAUAUUGUGUAUUGAUGAAUGGGUUUUUCAGGCAAGACCUUCAGAAGGAUGGAUUUCAAAUGUAUGAAAAUAUGACGCGGAGUGGAAUUGUGCCUAAUAUAUAUGCUUACAAUUGUGUGAUUAGUGAAUAUUGUAAAGGUGGGAAUGUAGAUAAAGCUUUUAAGGCGUUUGAUGAAAUGCGUGAGAAAGGUGUAACAUACAAUGUUGUAACAUACAACUUUUUGAUUGGUGGAUUGUGUCAAGUGAAGAAGCUAGGGGAAGCAGUGAAGUUGCUUGCUCAAGUCAACCGUGCUGGCCUAAGGCCUAAUAUAAUUACAUACAACACACUGAUGAGUGGGUUUUGUGAUGUUGGGAAGAUGGACAACGCUGUUAGAUUAUUCAAUCAAUUGAAGUCAAAUGGACUUUCUCCAACAAUUGUGACAUAUAAUACUUUGAUUGCAGGGUAUUCUAAGAUUGGAGAUUUAGCUGGAGCUCUUAACUUAGUCAAGGAAAUGCAGGAGAGACAACUUUCUCCUUCCAAAGUGACAUAUACAAUUCUAAUCGAUGCGUUUGUAAGACUAAAUUGUAUGGAGAAUGCCUUUGCACUCCAUUCUUUAAUGGAGAAGUCUGGUUUGGUUUCAGAUGUUUGCACAUACAAUGUCCUAAUACAUGGGUUAUGUAUGAAUGGUAACAUGAAAGAAGCAUCAAAACUCUUCAAAUCAUUGGGUGAGUUGCCGCACUUGGAACCUAAUGGGGUCAUAUAUAAUACAAUGAUCCAUGGUUAUUGCAAAGAAGGGAACUCUUAUAGGGCUCUUAGGCUACUUGAAGAAAUGGUUGGGAAUGGAAUGGUUCCAAAUGUGGCCAGUUUUUGUUCAACCAUAGGGCUUCUGUGCAGGGAUGGGAAGUGGAAGGAAGCUGAGCUUCUCUUACAACAGAUGAUAAAUUCAGGACUGAAGGCAUCAGCUUCAUUGUACAAUAUGGUUUAUAAAGUCAAAAGCGAAGUUUCUAAUGUUGAACCAGAAGGUAAGGCAGUUGGAGCUUGACUCUAAUCGUAGGAGAGGACUAUUUAUAAUUAUAAAAUGUAUGAACAUCAUAUAUGAAGGUCUUUUAUUGCAACAUGCAGUGGAUGGUUACCCUAAACCAGCAGCAUGCCUAAGUACUUGAACUUUUUGAAAAGCAAAGUUCUUGCUGAACUAACUAAGCCAAAAUAUGUUACUCCUGCUACUUUACAAAUGAUGAGGAUAAUGUAGAAGAACAUGUUGAUAGUGAUGCUGGAAACCAUAUCCCAAAAUCCAUGGAGUUUUUUUCCUCAGAAUGCACGACAUACUUUGAUUGGCUGACUGUAGGACUUAUGCACAGUUUCCGCACAAGUAGGCAGCCCAGAAAUAUCACUAGACUUCUUAGCUGUUCUGAUGAGGACUUGAGGCAGUUUAAGGGCCAUGAUCUGGCUCCCACAUUAUGUUCCUUCUAUGAGUCAACAUCCAUUAACUGGAGAUUGGUAUCCUUCAAGUAAUAAACCAGCUGCAGUCCUUCACUGGCUUAGUUGCAAAACAUUGAUGCUGAAUGCAUAGAGAUUCUUGAUGCUGAUAUGAUCUUGAGAGUCCCAAUCACACCAUGGGAAUUCAAAUGUGCUCGAAGCGAUCCUGUUUCAACUCCUUAUGAGUAAGCCUGGUGAAUUUGAUCUGCCUUAUUGGCUGUGACAAUGAGCUCGCAAGGAAGAUGAAUCAACUGCAAAAAGACUUCCGAAUUUGGCAAGAAAUUCAAAACAAUGAUAUUGAGAAUGUCAAAUGGCUAUAAACCUUGGCUAACUAUUGGGAACACCUACCUCUCACUAAUCUAGCCUCUGUGGUUGCAGCUUUGAGAGUUAAUUGUUUGAAUUAUGAUAAUCGUAGAAGUAUCAUAUAAUUCAAAUUGUGAGGUUUGAAGAAGCUGUAACUGGCACUUCAGAUUUACUUAGUUUUUGUGCUGAGAAGAUCACCUAAAGAGAAAUAGCUUUUAGUUGAGUUGAUAUUUAACAUAAUAUUAAAGUAUCUUCAGUCUUCACCUUGUAUUA